AUGUUAUGGAAAAAGGAGACGGCCUUUCCCUGCUUCCCCCAUGCCCCUGUAGGAGGAACCAUUGAGGAGAAUGCAGGAGCAAUGGUUCCAAGCUCCCCACAGCAGAUUUGCCCUCUAACAAAUGAGAAGACUUCAUUUCUUCAUGUUGUCAAAUCUGGAGACAUUAAUAAACUAUUAAAUAUUGAUAAUAUCAAGGCUUGGGCUGAUUAUGUCAUGGAAUGGACUGCAAAGUGUCCUUAUGGCUUUCUUACAACAGUUAUUUUGGCCCUUACUCCAUUGUUUUUAGCAAGUGCAGUAUUGUCUUGGAAAUUGGCCAAAAUGAUUGAGGCUAAGGAAAAGGAGCAGAAAAGGAAACAAAAAUGGCAAGAAAAUAUUGCAAAAGCUAAAAGACUAAAAAAAGACUAA